AUGAUAAAAGAAAAAUUGCUGAAAUUGAGAUCGCUGAAGAAGACGAGUGAUUUGUACACCAAGCCACUUUUCUUGUUAGAAAAUACCGAAAAUUUAGACAUCGACACACACCGUGAUAUGCUCAGUACUGAUAAGUACAUCCGAAGGAAUAAAUUGAGAGAGACGUACACCGAACAACAGGAGAAUAAGUUCAACAAAAAGUACGGGAAAUAUUUGAAAUCGCUUGUGACCAAGCGAAAAGAUGAUGGUUUUACCAUUCUUGUGGACUUUCACAUCAAGUUUUACCACAUCGAUAGAUACAACAAAAAUGAACUUAUUUUCAUUCUACUGCCGGAUUAUCUGAUCUACGGGAAAGAACUUGCUAUGUUGGGAAUGGAACCUUCUUUGAGUGGUAUAGUUAGAAAAAUGAAAGACAAAGAGUUCUAUUUCAUGGUAAUGGAGUAUUACAAGUACGAUUUUUUCUUUUUCAAACACUUGAUGCAUUCUUUUUUGGAAGGAAAUGAGAGACUACCAAGUUUUUACGGGUUAACAGUGCUGAAGGUUAUCAGACAAACUAAUGACCAUAACUUUCUCCGUUAUGUUUAUCUGUCAUUCAAGAGUAAGGCUAAAAUAGAAAUAAGAGAGUUGGAAGAUGUGAUUAUGGAUGAUACGAUGCAAGAAAAUGGUGACGAGAAAACAACGAUGAGAAGGUACGAUGGAAAUACAAGUGCACAAUAUAAAUCCGUUCCCGGAGAAAAUGACAGACGUAAGAACAACGAAGUGUUAAUUCGCUGUAGGAAUAUUCUACAAUUAGAACUUGAUGAAAAUGUGUAUGCGCCAAAGGCUAGAACAGAAAUUAUAUCUGGCGAGGAUAAUUUAAUGAGAAAUGGUUCAGAUGACCUAAUAGUAAAUUUGCAGAUAAACAAAAAUUAUUCACCCGCCAUCACUGAAAAUGAAUUGACUGGAAUGCUCCUAAAAAAGAACGCCAGAGGGCAUUUCAUUGUCAAUUGUAUCAAAAUUGCCAAAAAUAGUAACUACGAUAUUGUCGUACCUUUAUCAAAGAUAAUAGACACUGCAGAGGACAAGAGAACCGUGCUUGAGUAUGUUCUGGACUACCACACAGUCAGAAAUAAGAUACCUCAGGUCAGUAAGAUUAUUAAUCUGCUGGUAAGCCACAAGGAAUGCAUCGAUGGUAUUCUUAGAGGUAAAUUGCAUGAUUUUCUGGACAACGUCUCGAAUAAGAGAUCGUACAACAGUGCGAUUGAGAAAUUAUACAACAAUGGAUUGGUCGAUUAUGUCCGAAUGAACAUGUUGGAUAGCAAUAGCGGAUUUUUAUUGGAUAGUAACAUCGGUGAGUUAAAUAUUGCCAAUGAAUGUCUGCAGAGUUACAGAACAGGGAACACACAGCCGAUACUUAAUGGAUACGUUAUUAGGGAUUGGGAAGGUACAGCAAAGAAAUUUUGGCAAGAAGUCCUUGAAACAACGGAUAGGAUACCACCUGCUAUGCUUUCCACCACGCAUUUAGUUCAUUUAUUCACUGUUCCCGUUAAAUAUCAUAAAAAAAUUGCUUUGUCACUUGCACAGGCAAUCAACGAAGACAAUUGUUAUGACAUUGCUAGGGCUGUGAUAAAUAGAAACAUGGACCACGUCGAAAUACUCGCAUUGGUGCAUGAUUACGUUCAAAAUCACGAUUUGUUUGUCGACCAUUUUUGCAUUUCGGACGAAGAGCUCAAAAUAAUUCUGCUAGAACAUAAAAACACCAAGGCUAUUGCCAUGAUCUUACAGCUUGUAAGCAAUCACAUACUCCAGUACAUUCCACUUGUUGUACCUCUUCUAAUACAGGAAAAGGAACUUUUAUGCCUGGUGGGUUUGAUUAAAAGGUACAAAAAUGUUUUAAUCACAUACUUGCAGCAAUUUAUGGAACUAGGAAUGGACACGGAAGUAUUUGCCUAUUUUGACAAUGGAUCAACGGUAUUAAAAAUGAUAGAUAUGGCGGCAUACGACACGCUAUAUAACUACAUUAACGUGCUACCGUGCAUCGAUUCAAAUACAUGUCAAGUAAUUCUGCAUACAAAUAAUAUCGAUUUGAUUCGAUUAAUGAUCUUAAGGAUUGUGCACAGCGGGAAGGAGUGUAGGGACGUGCAUUACCUCUUGAAAGAUAUAAAAAGUGAGGAUGUUCGUGAGUUGAUAAAAGAAAAUGCAAUUAAGUCUAAAAUUCUGAGAAAUGUGAUCAAGGAGUGGAGCUAA